AUGGCUCCGGCCGUCCCCAGACUGCGCAUUCUGUCAGUUGGCGGAAAUGCCGUCUCAGCGUUCCUCUCAUGGCGGUUACAAACGACCAACGCCUGCGACGUCACACUCGUGUGGAAAUCAGGAUAUGAGAGCGUCGCACAGUACGGCAUCUCGUUCAAGUCUGCCCUCUAUGGCAACGAGCGCUUCAAGCCCUACUCUGUCGUUCGAACCCCCGAAGAUGCCGCCCAUUCUUCCAAACAGCCCUUUGACUAUGUUCUUCUCUGCGUAAAAGCCCUCCCUGACGUAUACGAUAUCGCCAACAUCAUCGAGUCGGUCGUCUCGCCCCAGCACACCUGCAUCCUUAUGAACACCACACACAGCCUGGGCGUCGAAUCAUACUUGGAGCAGCGUUUCCCUACAAACGUUGUUCUGUCAUUGGUAUCAGGAGCAGAGAUUUCACAACUUGGUGCUAGCGAAUUCGAGCACAAGGGAGCGACUGACAUCUGGGUCGGCCCUGCCAACAAGAACGCUGCCAUUCCAGCGCAGAUUCAGUCCGACAUGGCUGAGGCGCUGGCCAUGACGUUGAGUUCGGGGCAGGUCGACUGCAAGGUCGCACCCAACAUAAGGCAACAGCAAUUUGAGCGUAUGAUAGGUCCAAUCGCUUUUCACCCGGCCAGUAUUCUCUUUGAAACAGCAAACCACGCCGAACUCAUGGAGAAAGUUGGUGUUCGUGCUCUAAUCGCUGGAGUGCUCGACGAACUCCUUGCACUUGCCAACGCUCAGGGCUGUACGUUCCCAGCCGAUUUCAAGGAGACCACAAUUCGCCAGAUGACCCAGCCACAAGAAGCCAAUAGCACAAUGUGGAUGGACUUCGAGGCUAAGCGUCCUAUGGAGAUCGAGACAUAUCUUGGAUCUCCUCUCAAACUUGCUCUCGAGGUCAAGGUCGCUGUCCCUCGUAUCGAGACCCUUUACGCUACCCUUCAUCACAUCAACAUCGUCAACCGAAACCGACCGGCUGCUGGUCCUACCCCCACACCCGCUCAAAACAUGCAACACCCACCGCCUCCCCCUAGGCUCUCGUCAGCCCCUCUGCCUAGAGGCCCGCCAGUCCCAAACGGACCAGGACCCAUCAUGAACGGAAACGGUCCCAUGAAGGGUGGGCCUCGUCCUGGAAGCCGCGCACCUUCAAUUAACGGUGCCCCACCCAUGAUGCGUCGCGGCCCACCACCAGGUAUGAACGGCUAUCCUCCACGCAUGAACGGCGCUCCCAAUGGCCAACGUCGUCCAUCUCUCGAGGCCAACGACUUGGAAGAGUUCUCGCAUCUAAUGCUGUACGAUGACAUGGUCGAAGGUGGUCCUCCCGGUGCACCCAACGGCCCGUACGAGAAUGGUGCAGCUUCAUCAAACAACCUGUCUCUGCGGGAGAGGGAAUUGAUGAUCAGACAGCGCGAGAUUCAGCUCCGGGAACAGGAGCUCAACAUGCGCCGCGGUCCUCCUCCGGGCCAAGCCCGACGACCCCCACCACCGCAGUCUAUCAACGGUUUCGAUGAUGACGAUGACGAGGAUGACUUCUUUGAUCCGAUGGCAGGAGGUCGCCAGCCUGGUCCGAUGAUCGAUCCCGACAACUUCGAUAUGAUGAGUGUCACCUCGCGGCGCAACCGUAAGGUCCCCAGCGCAGGUCAGAUCCGCAAGAACCCCGAAGGUAUGGGCUACAUGCCCGGCCCUCAAGGUCGCUCGAGAAACCCAUUCUCACGCCCCGGAAUGAAUAAGAGAACUUCCGCGGGUAUGGCGUCUAUUCCUGCGCUACAUUCGGACAUCAUGAACGACCCUCUGCUGGGCUACUCCUCUAACCGAUACGCCGAUGUCGAUCGUGGCGCUAUGGGCGCUCAAUCGAGAACCAACUCACUGACUGCAUCACGUCUAGACGAAAUGCAAGGAGGUGGUAACUAUGGUGGCUACCCUUCAAUGAGCCGCCGCACAAGCCAGUCGCCUGGCAACCCUCUCAGCCCUGGCCCUCGACCGAUGGGUCGACCUUCUCCCCCUAACGGCUACGCACCCAACGGCAUGCCACCUAAUGGAAUGCCUCCCAACGGAAUGAUACCAUCGAACGGUAUGCCUCGCAAUGGGCCAAACGGACCUCCUGGCAUGAGACAACCCGUUCCCCUCGCGCCACAACAAGUUGAACAACACGCUGGGGUGAGCAAUCUUUACCCGCCCAAGUCUCGUCCAAAUGUUCGCAGUCUGACUGGAUCCGCAAGCGCUAGCGCGGGUAGUAAUUCCACCGAAGAAAACUCGGCACACAGCAGCCAGAGCAGCCUAGGACCCCGUCCUCCACUCGGCGUCCGGUAGAAGAGGAGAUCUCAUCGAUUCACAUUUGCGGCGAUCGGUUUGGAGUAUGUUCGGACUUUGCAUGGACAGCGUUUGUGGCGACACUUUGACGAAACUAUCUAUUGUAUUUGGAAGCUGGCGGGCUUUCCAACCACGGAAUACCUCCAUGGACGCGCACCUUGAUGUCAACUAUCAAUUGGUCUUCGAUUUCCAAUCGGCUUCUCUUCUCGAACACGCAUACGCACCAGAUUUUAUCCCGACCGCAGCACAUUGGGGUUGGAAGGGCUUCAUGAAUGGCCAGGGGCUGAUUUAGCCCUGUGGCAGACACUUAAUGA